UUGAAAUUAAUACUUGUGUAUAAAUUCCAAGAUUCUGUACGCUAAAGUCGUGAACUAUGUUGUCCAAAAUGCAAAAUAAACCCCCAGGAAGUCAAUCCACCCUUAUGUACAAUAUAACGUUUAUAGAGUUUUAAAUGCACUAUUGUCACCAGGAGAUAAGCCUGUCUGCGGGCAACACCACCAAAACGUUUGGCUCUCUAAAUUAAGGACAUUGAAGGUGUAAAUCCAAAGUGGCUAUUGAUUUCUAGAAUGUGAUGAAUGAGGCUUCAGUGGAUUUAUUUCUCAAUGGCAUGAUAAAUGCAAUUUUCAUUCAAUAAUCACUCAAAAAAAAAGGACAAAUAGCAAAUUUUUCCACUUUUUCCCUGACUAGCCUUUUAAGUAAACAAAUAGAUGUUUAAAAUGCAUAAUAAAAUUCCAUACUCCCGGCUGUUAAAAUGACCCAAACUAUAACCUACAGGAUCAUACAGUGAAAUGGCGGAUGGAUUUUCUAACAUGGUUAACAAUGUGACUGCAUCUCUUAAAAAAGAGGAGUGUAAGACCCUACGGUACCUUUGUACAGAUUUGUUCAACAACAUCUGUGUGGAAGAUUUGAGAGGAGCUUUGUUGGCAUUUGCCAAACAGACACAAACUCAAGCAGGCCAAUCUCAAGCUGGUGAUGCCCUACUGAUGGAGCUCAUGUUCCGAAUGAAGCGCUUUGAUAUCCUAAAGAAGUUUUUUGGCACCAACAGACAACAGGUAGAAGGAAUUGUGAAGAAGGGAGGCGUCCUCUCAGAUUACAGGGUUCUAAUGGCAGAUGUGAGCGAAAACCUGGAGGAUGAGGAAUUACAAUCUCUUAUAUUCCUCCUGAGCAGUACCCUGCCCAAAGAAAGACUAGCUAGAGCUACUUGCUUUCUAGAUGUGGUGGUGGAGUUGGAGAAGUUAGAUGAAGUAUCUUGUGAUAAGCUUGACCUGCUUGAGCAGUGUUUGAGGAACAUUCACAGAAUGGACCUUGUCGAAAGAAUUGAGGCCUAUAAGAAUAGAGGUCAGAAUGUACCAUGUGCAGUCCCGAAGGUUCAGAAUUCUUUUAAGUUCGCCCCUGUGCAACAUCAGUCUCCUGUUCAACCAGUGAAACAAUCACAAUGCUGUUCUCAAGAGUUGAAAAAUUUGAAGCUUUCAGUGCCUGAAACAGGGACACAACAUCAAGAGGCUUUUAUGGAGGAGUAUGAAAUGAAUCUUGAGCAGAGGAAUCUGUGUAUGAUUAUUGACUGUGUUGGCUUUGAUGGAGACUUGUUGAAUCGGACAUUUGAGCGUCUGGGUUUCAGGGUCAUUCUCCACUCUCUCCUGGGUCUAAAAGAAACCCAGAAGGUCUUGGAAGACCUGACCCGCAACAGGAUCCUUCAUGGGGUCAAUCGCUUUGUCUGCUGCAUCAUCAGCAGGGGAACGGACACUCAUCUGUUGGCUACGGACUCUAGUCGCCUUGGCAUCAGGCUGGAGGAUCUCAGGCAGCUUUUCAGCCCAACCCACUGUCCCUCUCUGUGUGGUAAACCCAAACUCUUCUUUACCCUGAUCUACAGGACCUCAGAAGCCCCAAAUACAUGCUCAAUGGACGAUGAAUACCAAGAGACAGAUGCGCCAACAUGCCACUGUUCUAGGAGGCAAUGUGCGGACGCAAGGACUAUCCCAGUGUCUGCGGAUGUCCUUUGGAGCGUGUGCAGAGCAGAGGCAAAGCUGCUGGAAGGGUCUGGCCACCAGUCUGUUUACAUGCAUGCGUUAAGCUCUACCUUACUGCGGGGACGUGAGAGAAAGAUGCUUUUAUUGGACGUCAUGGCAGAGGUGAACAGAAACGUGGUUAGUCACAAUCAACAAAAUCCUGGCAAUGAGUACCACUUUCAACUCUCACACACACUACGCAAGAAACUUUACUUGUAACACUUAAUGUGUACAUCACAACACAAACUUUGUUUUUUUUUCUUUUCACUGUCUCUCUUCCACACACACACACACACACACACACCCACCCUGCACUUGUUUUUUUUUUAGAAUGGAAUUAUUGUUUGUGCCCAUAUAGUGGAUGAAUAAUCUGACCAUAGCUGAAUCCUGCCAUAGCAUCUUGUCCUAUAACAUUGUGUUUUAUGUAUUUGAAAAAUGAUCAAUAUUGCUAUUUAUUUAUGUAUCUUUACCUCCUGUGGCAGCUAAUACGA